AUGGAAAACCUCUCCCUCCACGACCACAAUAAUGGCCCUGCCGGGCGACACGGUGGUGGGCUCCCGCCUUCGCUCCCACAUGGCCACCAGGCGUAUCCCCCCCCUUCCCACCCCAACCCCCCUCACCCUGGCUUCCAACACCAGCAGCAAGCUCCUCCUGGGCCUCCUUCCUCUGUGCCUGCGCCGGGUCAAGCUCCUUCUCCAGUGCCAAUGAUGGUACCGGGUCCGCCCCAGCUACCUCCUCAGAUGUUCACAACCGCGGCGCAACUUUUAGAUUUGACUGAUAAGAAACUUGUCCUGGUGCUCCGUGAUGGGCGCAAAUUAAUCGGUGUGCUACGCAGUUGGGACCAAUUUGCAAAUCUUGUCCUCCAAGGAACCGUUGAGCGAAUAUACGCCGGGCACCUUUUCGCUGACGUUCAGCGGGGAAUCUACCUGGUUCGCGGAGAGAAUGUGCUCCUACUAGGAGAAAUUGAUCUUGAUAAAGAAGACGAUAUACCCGCAGGCUACCGCCAGGCGUCAUACGACGAAGUCUUUGCACUGAAAAAACGAGAAGAUGAGCAGCGAAAGAAAGGCGAUAGGCGUCGUAGCAACAAAUUACAGGCACUCGGCUUUGAGGCUGAGCAUAGCGGGGAAGUUUUGUUUUAA